AUGUCACCCCCUACGACCACAAAGCACUACGUUGUAUCCAAGAUUGGUUCCUUGGACAACCUGACGCUCAAGGAAAGCUCGAUUCGACCUCUGAAGACUAAUGAGGUGUUGGUUCGGGUACAAGCUGUAUCGCUAAACUAUCGCGAUGUGCUUGUAGCAAAGGGCCUGUACGGGGGUCCCGAUCUGAUAAUACAAGAGGAUCUAGUGCCGUGCUCUGACUACAGCGGCGAAAUCGCCCUGGUUGGCGAAGACGCACAGGGCAAGUGGAAACUCGGAGAUCGAGUAUGCUGUAACUUCGCUCAGAUGCACGUCGACGAGUACGAUGCGCUCGAACCUAAUGCUUCGGUCAAAACCAUGAGCGGAGGUCCCGUUCAAGGUGUAUUAUCGCAAUAUGUUAUCUGUCCUGCGGAGGGCCUUGAGCUAAUCCCCGACCAUCUCUCCUUUGAAGAGGCGGCGACUCUGCCUGGCGCUGCAUUGACGGCGUACAACGCCCUUCUUGGCCCCAAUCCUGUCAAGGCUGGUGACCACGUACUCAUACAAGGCACGGGGGGAGUCUCUAUCUUUGGGCUUCAAAUUGCUGUAGCCUCUGGCGCGACAGUCAUUGCGACAUCCUCGUCCGACGAGAAAUUGAAAGUCGCCUCUAAACUUGGCGCGAAACACUUGAUCAACUACAAGACAACGCCCGACUGGGAAAAAGUCGUCAAGGAAAUUACCAAUGGUCGUGGAGUAGAUCAUGUAAUUGAAGUGGGUGGGCUCGGCACGUUGUUGAAGUCGCUCCAGUCAGUCAAGCAAUCUGGCUGGGUCCACUUGGUUGGCUUCUUGGCUCAGGGAGGCGACGCCAAUCUCGUCUACCCCAUCAUUCUGAGAGCUGCCCAAUUACGCGGCAUCCUGUUCGGUUCAGUGGAACAAUUCAAGGGCUUGAUUCGGCUGCUCAAGGCUCACGAUCUGCACCCGGUGAUUGAUAAAGUCUUCCCCUUCGACCAGGCACUCCAGGCAUUCAGACAUCUGGAGUCUCAGGCGCACAUUGGGAAAGUUGUAAUCAAAGUGGAAUAG